AUGGUCGACGUCAGGUCUAAAGGAGCCAGCAAUAUGCGCUCGCUCAAAACAGGGUCCUCAAACACGAUCUUGGCAGCAUCUGGGUCGCAGAAAACGUUGAACUCGGAACAGCCGUUCUUGUUGAACUUGGCCAGACCGCCUCCCAUGAUACUCAGACACUUGAUCUGCGAUCUUAGCUCGGGAUAUUUCGUGAAGAACACCGCGAUGUUGGUCAGUGGGCCAAUGGCAGCAAUUGCCAGUUCUCCUUUGUGUGAUUCAAUCUGUUCCUUGAGGUACGGGAAGAAUUCCUCGGGCUUUCUAGCAGGGUGGGCCGGCUGCGGAAGUCUGUCGCUACCGUUCAAACCAGUAGGACCAUGGACCUCUGGACAGUAUUCAGGCUCGCGGUUCAACGGUCUAGCUGCUCCAGGAAACACAGGCACGUUUGGCUUUUUGAUGACGGUUAGGAAUUUCAAAGCGUUCUGA